CAACUGCCUCCCCCCCAACAUUCAGACUCGCUUUAAUAGCAUAACUCUGCCCCACUACUGUGAACUGAGUUACUGAGUUACACUGCUAUGGCUGACCUUCGCAAAGGUUCUCAGAAAGGAAGGCAUCAGCAUAAACAAAUCUCCCUGGAGAUUGUGGGCCGUGGUUUGGAAGUGCCAGUCAGGGCUCCGGCCAAGCAGCAGCCCAGCGGUGCCACGUCCAAAACCAACAUCAGCAGGCGAGAGGCCGGCCAGAACAAAGGGGGAAAGGCUCCCAGCUCAGUGUGGGAGCCUUUCCCCAACACGUAUUUUGUUCUGGCGAAAUCCCUGGAGAGGCGUGGCGAACAUCAGGGCCACGCCUCCAGGGAUGAGGCUCCAGCGCCGGCUCCCGGAAUGAAGAACCAGACAUCCCGGCGGUUCCCGGCUGACGUCCCUCGCGGCGUGUCCCCACUGCCCCUCCUCCGUACGGGCAUGGCUCCAUCCCGGCCCGGUUUGGCACAGAAGCAGCAGCCAAAGUUUCCUCCCAUUAAAACAGCUUCUCAGCUGAGGGAGGAGACUUUGGCUGUUGCUUCUGUGCUAGGCCGGUCGGAUGCCCGUACGGUGGAGAAGUGGGGAGCCCUUCUAAGAUCAGCGAGGGAUAAGUACAGCCGUGGAACCGCCGCAUUCCUCCGGGAGGGACUGGAGCCCAGACGACGGCCUCUCGCCCCUGAGGAUUUCGAUCCUGCACCGCUGUGGCUGCUGCCCAAGCCUCCCCCCAAAAGACCAGGUUGAGGCGAAUUUUUCUACUCUGAAAAAUAUUCCGGAGCUGCAUUCACCACUGAAGCUGCAGAUGGAAUUCCAAGCAGUGAAGCAGCUCCAGCAUCUUCCCUUCCUUCCUAGUUCUAACUUGUCCCUGGAUAUCUGGAAAGGCAACUGUGACUGCAUUGGUUUUGAGGAUAUUCUGAACGACCCGGCACAGAGUGAAGGAAUGGGAGAUCCUCAUCUUUUGGUUGAACACAAACUUGGUUUCUUAUAAUGCACACAUCCUCCAUCCUUCUGUUCAUGAAAAUAUUUCUUACCU